AUGACCCAUGGGCGCAGCUUCUUUCACAUUGUAGCAAGUCUAAUCAUCCUACAUUUGUCUGGGGCAACCAAAAAAGGAACAGAAAAGCAAACUACUUCCGAAGGACAGAAACCAGUGCAGUGUGGAACUUGGACAAAAUAUGCAGAAGGAGGCAUCUUCACUUCUCCCAAUUAUCCCAACAAGUAUCCUCCUGACAGAGAGUGCGUCUACAUUAUAGAAGCUGCCCCUAGACAAUGUAUUGAACUACACUUCGAUGAAAAAUAUUCCAUAGAACCUUCUUGGGAGUGUAAAUUUGACCAUAUUGAAGUACGCGAUGGACCUUUUGGCUUUUCCCCAAUCAUUGGACGUUUCUGUGGACAGCAAAAUCCACCUAUGAUAAAAUCCAGUGGCAGAUUCCUAUGGAUUAAAUUUUUUGCUGACGGUGAGCUGGAAUCUAUGGGUUUUUCUGCUCGAUAUAAUUUUACACCUGAUCCAGAUUUUAAGGACCUUGGCGUUUUGAAACCAUUGCCAGUUUGUGAGUUUGAGAUGGGAGGACCUGAAGGAAUUGUGGAAUCUGUGCAAAUUGUCAAAGAAGGAAUAGCUUCUGAAACUGAAGCAGUAGACUGUAAAUGGUACAUCCGAGCACCACCCCGAUCCAAGAUAUAUUUACGGUUUUUGGACUAUGAGAUGCAAAAUUCCAAUGAGUGCAAAAGGAAUUUUGUGGCUGUCUAUGAUGGAAGUAGCUCAGUGGAGGAUUUGAAAGCGAAGUUUUGCAGCACCGUUGCUAAUGAUGUAAUGCUGCGGACGGGUCUUGGUGUGAUCCGCAUGUGGGCAGAUGAAGGCAGUCGAAGCAGCCGAUUCCAGAUGCUCUUCACAUCUUUCCAAGAACCCCCUUGUGAAGCCAACACGUUCUUUUGCCACAGUAAUAUGUGUAUUAACAAUACAUUGGUCUGCAAUGGACUCCAGAAUUGUGUGUAUCCUUGGGAUGAAAACCACUGCAAAGAAAAAAGAAAAGCUAACCUAUUGGACCAACUUACCAAUACCAGUGGGACUAUAAUUGGGGUGACCUCUUGCAUUGUGAUCAUCCUCAUUGUUAUCUCUGUUAUAGUACAGAUCAAGCAGCCUCGUAAAAAAUUUGUCCAAAGGAAAACAGACUUUGAUCAAACAGUAUUCCAGGAGGUGUUUGAGCCUCCUCAUUAUGAGUUAUGCACCCUGAGAGGGACAGGGCCUACCGCUGACCUUGCUGACAUUGCAGAUGACUUUGAAAAUUACCAUAAACUGCGGAGAUCAUCUUCAAAAUGCAUUCAUGACCAUCACUGUGGAUCACAAUUGUCUAGCACUAAGGGCAGCCGUAGUAACCUCAGCACAAGAGAUGCUUCUGUCUUGACAGAAAUACAACCCCAGCCUGUAAAACCCCUCAUUCAGCCCAUGAACAGGAGAAAUAUCCUUGUCAUGAAGCAUAGCUACUCACAGGAUGCUGCAGAUGCGUGUGAGAUAGAUGAAAUUGAAGAGGUACCAACCACAAGUCACAGGCUGUCGAGACAUGAUAAAGCUGUCCAGCGGUUCUGCCUCAUUGGGUCUCUAAGCAAACAUGAGUCUGAGUACAACACAACUAGGGUCUAA